UUGUGUCUUUGUGUUAAUUUUGUCUCUCUUUGCGUUAAUUUUGUGUCUUUUUGUUGUUUUCCAUCUCUUUGUGGUCACUUUGUCUCUUUACUGUGGUUUUGUCGUACCUUUUUUCUCAUCCUGUCGGUGGUUUUUGUUCAUGUUGUGUGUCUUUGUGUUAAAGUGUAUUUUUGUGGAGUCAUGUUGUGUUUUCUUGCUGCUCUUUUAAACUCUACGUGGAAAUAAAAACCUUUCCACUGUUUUCUUUUCUUUCUUCUCUGGUUGUUUAUUCAGAUGAACUGGAUGAUGUGGAGCUGCUGUCGCUCUGUUAGUGUGUGUGUGUCUGUGUGUGUUAGUGUGUGUGUGUCUGUGCAGAGUGUGUGUUAGUGUGUGUGUUUAUCUUAUCUUCCAUCUGAGCAGUGAAACUCUGAAGGUCAGUCAUGAAGAUAAAAGUCAUCAGAUCCCAGCAGAGAGGAGAAAGUGUUUACUCAUGCUAUGACCCGUCUCUCAGUACUGGUUCUGGUCCUGGUCCUGGUCCUGGUCCUGGUCUUGGUGGGCUCUGAGGCUCGGGUUCAGCUGAACUCCAUCAGGACGGUGGUGAUCCAGGAGGACGAGGUUCUACCGAGGAACCGGAGCAGCUGGGAGCCCAGAGUGGACCUGAUGCUCUUCCAGUGCAUGAGCGACCUGGAGUGCAGCGAGGGAAGCUUCUGCCACGCCUCCACCAGAGGCCCCGCCCAUUCCCGCUGCCAGGCCUGCCGCCGGAGGAAGAGGCGUUGCCAUAGAGACAGCAUGUGUUGCCCCGGCAACAGCUGCAGCAACAAUAUCUGCGUUCCUGUCAUCGACUCGUUCACGUCUCAGAGGAUCCCCGACUCUGAUGGAGGUCUGAUGUCCUCAAACAAACGAUGGAGGAAGAGAGGCGGGGCCGCGGUGGGCGGAGCCUCAGGUAAAGGUCGGGUAGGAGAUCCGUGUCUUCGCUCGUCCGACUGCCCCGACUCUUCCUGCUGCGCUCGACACUUCUGGGCUCGCAUCUGCAAGCCGGUGUUGCAGGAGGGACAGGUUUGUACGCGACACCGCCACAAAGGGACCCGCGGCCUGGAGCUGUUCCAGCGCUGCUCCUGCGGGGACGGACUCACCUGCCGGACGCUGCGAGGACCCGACUCCCAGCCGCCGUCUCUGGCCUCCUCGUCCUCCUCCCCCUCGCUGAUGGACGCUGCCGCUAAGUCCAAGUUCGCUUCGUCCCGCCACUCCUCCGGCCAAAUGUCCUCGUCUUCCUCAGCGAAGACGAGGCUUCACCUCUGCCAGAAAAAAUGAACAUAGAGGACAAACAAACAGGCGGAUCUCACCUGUUCUCACCUGUGGAAGAAGCCCCGCCCCCUCCCCAGUGUCUGCUAAUGCUAAUUAGCUUCCUGUCAGGCGGAGCAGGAUGUGAAACUGUUUCUGGUUUCCUCCUCAGCGUCUAGACGAAGAGAAACCACUUUGAAAUCCGGUUUGGCCUCAUUUACACCUGAAAACCUGAAGCCUGUCUGAGGUUUCAGCCUCCAGCAGCAGGAAUUAUGGGAUGUAGUCAAAUAAAACCACAGUGGGCUCAUUACAUCCUGA